CUCCCUAUCGAGAAAGCACUAGUUAGCGGAACGGCUAGACUACGCCAUUGAGAACCACGCUCGUUCAGGGCUUUGUUUCGACGUUUCUUUUCAGAAGAGCUGAACUCUCCGUAAUAUGUUAAUAUCGCGUUUAGAUCCUUGUAUCAGGCAGGUUUCCGUCUGACUCCACAAAUCUCUAACAAUAAGUGAAAGGACUGAAGGGACAGGAAGAUAUGAACGGCACGGACACCGUCGAUAAAUGAAGACAUCGAGAAGCCACCUUACCGUUUUUUAAAUAAAUUAAACCACAUUUAUUCACUUGAAAAUUAAUUACUUAGCCAUUUUACUUUACAAAAAGUAAAUGUUGACACAUUCACCAUUCACCCCCAAAACGAUGUUUUCUGCACGUGAGAAUCGGUGUCAUCGUUUUCAGGCCAACAUCUUCAAUAAAAGUAAAUGUCAAAACUGCUUCAAACCCGUGGAUUCACACAUACUCAGCGAAGCAGAUCUGAUUCAGACUAAGCCUGUCCAGGUGGGCUGGCUGCUCCUGGCCCCAGAGGACGCUGACUUCAGCAGUUGUGUCCCCAGAAAACGGAAAUGGCAGAGGAGAUAUUUUGUGCUUUACGAGCAUGGGCUUCUGAGAUACUCUCUGGAUAAGAUGCCAAGUACAUUGCCCCAAGGAAGUGUAAACAUGUCCCAAUGCUGUGAGGUUCUUGAUGCUUCAUCGCAAACUGGCUUCCAGAACUGCCUGAGGUUGUGCUUCACUGACAGAGACUACUACAUCCGAACAGAGAGCACAGAUGGCUUCAGCAUCAGUAGGUGGCAGGAAAAUCUGAUUGUUUACCCUAAGGCUGCGAAAUCAAAUCAGAAGAAGAAGGGGAAGGAUCCAGCCCACCCACCGCAACAGACAACAGAAAACCAAACCUCCAGCAACAGCAGCAGCGGUAGCGGUGGCCCUGCUAAAAGAAGCAGCACUUCUGGAAAUAGUUCCACCAGCGUUGUUAAAAGACAAGGCAGCAUCGGUUCUAGUAGUUACAGCAGCGCCAAAGUGUCUGUCAGCGACAAUGCUGGCACUAGUACCAGCGGUGCCACUAAAGGCAGAAGUGUCACCAAUAGUAUUAAAGGGGCCACCAAAAAUGACAGAAGAGGUAGCGUGGUGAACCCGGUGGAGGAGGUCUUGAUGCUGUCCUCAGGGAAGAAGCUGGAGGAGGAGCCACUCGGUGGUGAAGUCGGGGUUCCCUCCAGCAAUGCUUCAUCACUCGAUAUCAAGCUUGAGUCCUCUCCCUCUUCAUCGCUCAGUCAGUCCUCGGGCUGCUCUGACACAGACGGUACUAAGAAUCGAUUGGGCACUGAAAGCGGCUAUUCAUCUCUGGAGAAGACAAGUUCAAGUCCAAGAGUUGUGGAUGCAGAGACACACACUGAUACCAGCAGACCUCAGGAAGCUGUUCAACAAGAGGGUUCAUUUCUAGAUGCCAAGGUUUCCCCUCAACCCACAUCCUCUACUGAACAAGAAGACCAUAAGACAACUGUUACUUCUCAGGCUUCCUUCACUAAUGAUAUUCCUGAUCACUCACAACAUUUGAUAUCAUGUAGUCUCCGCUCAAAAUCGCUGGAGCGCAGACCGCUUGACUCCACGGCCACACCUGACCUCCUUAAUUUCAAAAAGGGAUGGAUGUCUAGACUGGGAGAGGAUGGAAAGUGGCGGAAACACUGGUUUGUUCUUACAGACCAGACUUUGAGAUUCUAUCGUGACUCUGCAGCAGAAGAGGCAGCUGAUGUGGAUGGUGAGAUCAACUUGUCUACUUGCUACGAUGUUACAGAUUUCCCUGUGCAAAGGAACUAUGGCUUUCAGAUUCAUACAAAGGAUGGAGUGUUCACCCUUUGUGCAAUGACUUAUGGGAUACGGCGCAACUGGGUCCAGGCAGUAAUGAAAAACAUUCGUCCCGCCGUUGCCCCAGAUGUCACGUGUUCAAUUCCUCAGAAGGUGCCAAUGACUAGUACACAUGCUCGUACAAGCUCCUGCCAAUGCAAAACAGUUUCACAGGAGUCCGAGCAAAGGAGUCGCAUCCGUGAGCGCCGUAGAGAGGGGCGCUACAAAACCUUUGAUUGGGCAGAAUUGAGUUGUAAACAUCACAAGGAGGAGUUGUCAAAUGAUCCAUCUGGAAGGCAGUGGAACCAUAACGGCGAGCGCUCACUGCCUCCUGCACCUGCAUCAUCCCCUGAAGAGCAGAUCUCACGUUCAGCCCCUGAGGCAACGAAUGAGUAUCUUCAGAAAAAAAGAGUCUCACAGAGGCAAAGCCUAAACAUCAUGUCAGCUGAUAUACCAUCAAACUUAUCACUUAUUGCAAUGCCCAGUCGCACCUCCCCAGAAUCAAUCAGCCCAGACAGCUUAGAGGUUGAUGCAGGAACCAUAUAUGUGCCCUGUGAUGGUCAUGGUGAACUACUGGAAGCUAAACCCAAACAAGAAAACCAGGUUGAUCGCUCCACAUCUCCAUUGCCAGUCUCCUUCUCUUCAACUUCAGCGCAGACUGAAUGGCAGUGGGAUGUGGAGCUUCAGAGCCUGCGUAGAGAACUGAAGGCUGAGCACGAGAGGAAUCAGACUGAAGAAAAGGAGUUAAGACUCAGUGAGGCCAGACUCCAAGCUGAGCUUAGUGACAGCAAGGAAUGUCUUCAGAGGACAGAGUUAAAGAUUCAAGAUGCAGAAACUCUUCUGAAGGAGCGUGAGGAGGUGCUGGAGAGUCUGCGUGGGCAGUUGGAAGAGGUAACGGGUCGCCUUAAAGCAACCGAAGAGGCACAAGCCUUGAAAGAGGUCAGGCUACAGAGGCACCUGCGCCUCCUUCAAGAGAGCCAGGAACGAGAAAGGAGGAGCUUCAGUGACAGCCUCGACCAAUCAGAACAGCGUUCGAAGGAACUAGAGGAGCGUCUCAGGCAGAAAGAGGCUGAACUGCAGAAAAGGCCAACAGGGGACAUUACUGAUGAACUUCUGCGAAGGUGCCAGGAGCUACACCAGCUGGAAGAGUCAGACAGUGAGGUUUGUCGUCUGCAGGCACGCCUCCAAACUGAAGAGACUCUUUAUUAUGAUAUGGAGCAUGAUUAUGAAAGAGCUUGUGAGGAGCUACAGACCCUGCGGGGUGCUCUGCUGGACUGCGUGCAACAACAGAAAGAGAUAGACAGGAAGGAACAAGAACUACAGGAAGUGCUUCUUAAGAUGGCCAUCUUGGGCAGUAGUUUAGAGGAGACCGAGCAAAGGCUCAAGCAAGCUCAAUCUUCUGAAGCUAAUGUUUUCUGUGAGGCAUUGAUUGAGCCACAACAGUGCAGACAGAAAUGGCAGAGUGAUUUGGAAAUGCAACCCACUACUCAGGUAGACGAGUCCCAUAGAGUGAUCUCUGUAAUCCAGGCGCUAGAGAGCAAGUUGUGUGACACAGAAGAGCGACUUCGGGAGCUUACCAUGCAUCUUCAGCAGCAGCAGCAGCAACAGCUCAACACUGGACCGCAUGGACUCAGUGAUUCUUGGUGCUCGCGCAGUUCCCUCCAUAAUCCGGAGGGUCGGCUCUCUGUGGAUUCUCUGCCAAGUUUUACUGAAGCUUUAGACAGAGCCUCAGACAAAGUUAAAGCUCCCCUUUAUGAUGAUGGAAAGCCUGGAAGGCAGAGUUUGGUUGGCGAAAGUUCAGGAAGAAAUCAGUCUUUAGAGAUGGCCUGCAGUGUUUUGUCACUGGAGGCACUGAUUAUCCAACGGAUUGCCUCUGCACUUGAGCAUCCCAGCUCAAAUUUGCUUAAUAAGUUGUCAGAAGUGCAUGUCCAGGUGCUUAGGAUGGCUCAAGGAGGAAGUCAUAAUGGGUCUUUGGAUCCUAGUUACUCACAGGUCUUCUUGGACCCUCUUGAGGAAGAUCUGGUAGACAGUACGCUAAGUGAAAGUGCAAUCCAUAGGCUGUGUGUAAGAUCGGAGACGACAUACCUCAUACAUAUUCUCUGUACUCAUCCCUCACAGGAGCAAAAGGGAUCUGAGCUUUUUUAUGUCUUGCCUUGGCCAGAGAGUUCCUCAUCUGGAACCAAAAUGGAAAACAGUUCGAAGCAGGGGGACAGACUUGCUGACAUUAGUCCGCCAGAGCUUGCACCAUACAGUGAACAAAUGGACGAUGAAAUGGCGACCGAUCUUCUUCUAGAGGGCUCUGAGGUACAGCUUGCUUGCAGAAAGAGUCUGGUGGCAGAGCUACGUGCUCAGGCCCAUUCACUGCAGAAUCUCUCAACACAGCUACAGUCCACUGUUAGAGAAACCGAUCUUCCUGGUGAACUACCCUCAGCCAUCCUGAGGGCUGCAAUUUGUCAGGCCACUUUGGCAUACAUGGCCUGUCGUCUUCGUUCUGCCCUGCAGCAGGAGAUGAGUGCCCUACGCAAGCAGAGAGAGCAGGCUGAGUGUGAGUGUCGUGCCGUGUGUCGUAGCAUGGAGACUCUUUUCCAGGAACAGACAGAGCGCUAUGAAGAGAAGCUGCGCGAGGAGCGUGUUGUUGUGGAAAAGGCAGAGCAGGAGCGUGUUUCGGCAGAGACUAAUGCUCAACUGAGGACGGAAGAAGCCAAAAAAUUGCAGUUGGAGUUUGAGGAGAAGCUCCAAGAGCUCCAGAAAAUCCAUGAAGAGGAGAUGAGCCGUCUUCAUGAAUAUUACAUUGAAACCUUGUCAAGGCCAAAUGCUGCAACUCUCUCAGAACUAGAGGAGAAUGAAGAGAAGGUGACUGCUCUGCAAGACCGAAUCAGAGAGCUUGAGACUGAGGUGACUUGUUUGAAGACGGAUCUUAGUAACCAGGAUGUCAAAGCCUUCAAGCUUGACCUGGAAACCAUCAAGGCCACGUAUGAGCAUGGUUUCAGCAUUAUGGAAGAUAGCCACCAGCGAGUGAUUGAGGAGAUGCAGAGGCAGCAUCAGAAAGAGGUGGAGAGACUGACAGAGGAACGAGAAAGAGUACUGCAGGAGGAGACGAAUGCCACCAUUGCAGCUAUUGAGGCUAUGAGGAAAGCUCAUAAAGAGGAAAUGGAUAAGACACAGAAAGCCCUGCAAAAUGGAGCCAAUGUGGACAUCCGCCAGCUUCAUGCACAAUACAAUGAGGAGCUGGAAACUUUGCACAGGGAGCUGGAAGUGUUGUCAGAGCAGUAUUCUCAGAAAUGCCUGGAAAAUACUAAUUUGAAUCGGACUAUAGAAACAGAAAGGGAAUCAUUGAGUACAACGCAGAGAGAGAACCAGGAGCUUCACAUUCACAACCAGGAAUUAAAUGAGUUUUUGGCAUCUGAAUUGUCCCUGAUGCAUUCACGCAUGAAUGGGGAGGUGAAACAUUCACAAUCUUCUCAGGAGAAAGACGUGUAUCAGCUGGAGGUAAAUCUCAGAGUAAAGGAAUCGGAGAUUAAGUGUCUAAAACAGGAGAUCAACUCACUUAAACUGGAACUGCAGGCGGAAAUAUGGUAA